GGAACAUUUUUGCUCACAAGUGGAGCAUCUUCUAUGAGUGGCUCAAGUGGGUACAGAGAAGUGGAGAGUGAAGAUUAAAAGGCACUUGGCAGUGAAUCAACCCAGAUUUUAGUGCAUGAGAAAUCUGGCGAGUCUGGCUAACACAAGAUGUACGAUGUCCGCAGUUUAAAAAUCCACCCAGGCUACAAUAGGAACAGGGCUCAACUCAAGCAGGGCUCAUCGAAAGGCUUCCUUUUCUUAUUCUGGAUAUAACUUGUACCGUUCAAAGUAGCAUCCCAUUAUUCUCUACCAAAAAAGGAAUGACGGGGGUAUUUGUACGAUUCACUUACUCACUCGUAUGUACUUCGUACAUGACGACCAACUAGAAAUUCAUCUAAAGAUCCCGCCUCGUUCCUAUUUCACCACGGUGGUUUUAUCAUCUUGACUAUCUUCUCCACACUCUUCUUCUUAUAAUAAUACUUCCUGCAUUGAAUGACUCUAUGCAACAAACAAGAGGGAUUCAUCAAAACCAACGGGAGAGAAGAAAAUAUCGAAACGAGGAUUACGGAACACAAAAGAUUUUAAUUCACCCACCCACCGUCCGUCUGCGAUUCGACAUACGUACCUUCCCAUCCUUCAUCCUUUGAACUUUCAAUAGAUUCCAUUCCAAUUCGAAACCUUUCAUUCUUCCCUUCUAUUGCGAUACGACGCGGUACAAAUACUUUCGACAAGGGAUUUCUAAAACUCUACGCGGAUUCAAUAUUACGAAACCCCAACAUCAUCAACACGGGUACUACAUACCACAACCCCAACCACAACCACAACCUCACCCUCUCGACCUUCGACUUCGAAGUUCAUGUCCUUUCCUCUACCACAAGGAACGCCAUAGCUCCGUUUUUGAUAAUCUUCAAUCCUCUUUCUCCAGUACUAUGUUUUAAUACGACUUUAAUAAUAAUUUCUCCGACUUCCUCCAACAUUCUAUCACGAUCAAUCAUUCAUACCCCUCCGAAGCUCCAGUAGCAUUGACCUCCACGAACCUAAUCAUUCCAGCGAAGAUGAUAUUAAUGGAAGGAUUAAUGUUGGUACCACCUGAAAGGGGUACAAUAAUUGGAAGGGCAGUGUGGAAGCCUCGAUAUGUUGUACUUGGUUCUGGUGCCCAUCUACACACACAAAGCGACAUCCUCGAGAAGUCCAACUCCAAGAAAGGAAAGUCAAUUAAAAGUACUUCUUCGAAACCAAGUUUGGCAGAUCUGGGAAAUGCUUCAGACGAUGGAUUGUUUAUUUCAGUUUACAAGGCAAAGGGCGAUUGGGAAUAUAUUGCGCAACAUCCAAUAUCUGCUUUCAAAUCCUGCGAAAUUCGAUCAUUAUCGCAUCGUAAACAAGCUACACCACUGCCUACCCUGAUGCUGGAAUUAAAACCAGAUUCAAUAUCAGAGAAACAACGUAAAAGAAGAUCGAGUCGAACAGGGGGACUGACAUCAAACAAGGAUGCACAAUGGGCAGAUACACUUCUUUUUCGAUCAGUUCCCGAGGAUCGAAACAAUAUUUAUGAUUGGCAAAUCACCAUCAAACCAAGACUACAAAUUGAUGAUUAUGAAGAAAGUCCAAUGAGUCCUUUGAGUCCAAUAUUUACCUCUUUCACCAACCCCUUUUCUCCUAGAGAUCCAAGACCAUCUUCACGAAGUGGUAAACAGGAUCAACAAACUCGUCCACCUUUUCAGUCGUCUGGACAAUACACUCAAACCUCAAGAGAUCGUCCUUCCGCUAUGAUAUCUCCAUCUCCAAGUCUGCGUUCCCGUCGCUCAGACCUUUCAUCCCAAGCAAGUUCAUCUCAUCCACCCAUGGGUUUCACAUCAGCUCAUCCACAAUACAAUAACACAAUCUUACCCACCGAUCUACCCUCGCCAAUUUCUGUUUCAGGUUAUGAUAAUUUUAUUGAAGGUUGGACUUCGGCUCAAGGAAGAUCUUCUGCAUUAUCUCAUCACACUAGAGGUAGCAAUAGUAUCGCAUCUGCCAUUGGGCCUCCACUUGCGUCACCGACUACAACAUCACCUGGUCCAAGAGAAACGAUUCUGGACAGAGCGUUUCAAAUGAGAUGCAUUCCAGGAAGUGAAAGAUUGAGGGAUGAAGAGGAGAAAAUUAGUAGUAUUGCUCGAUUUGAAGCACUGAUGAGGGAACAUGAUGAAAGGGCAUUACAAAGAUCAGCCACUUCAGCUACUGAUGGCAAGGGAAGAUACAAGCCUGGUUGGGACCUUGAGGAAGAAUCAGAGGAAUCAGACAAUGAGGACCCUGGCAAUGUUUUAGAGCAACUGGAUAGUCAUGAUAUUCUUAUGCCUACCCCUGCACAAAGAGCAUUAGAUUAUAUCGCUGGACGACAAACACCUUUACCCCGGAUGUCCAGUUCUAGCUCAAGACCUAUUUCUCCAAAUAGUCCACCAGUCCCAUUUUUGAACCGGGAUGCUAUGAAUGCCCUCCACAGUGGUUCAAGCUCUACCAACCAAAGCUUCUCUUCAGUUGGGAAUGGCCUUCGCCCACGUACUGGCACCACAUCAUCGCAUAUGCGAAAAAAUAGUCGACCAACAUCUCUGGCGUUACCUCCAAGAUCUAUCUCUUCAACUGUAGUACCUUUAUCCAAGGAAAGUGGAAGCGGCAACUCAGUUGCAGCUCUCACCAAAGCCGAAAUGGAGAAAAGAAGAAGUAGUACGUCAACAAAACGUCUUUCAUUCCAAGAAUUCGCAAGAAGGUUGAGUUCGACAAGCUCCCUUCUUUUGGUUCAAACGAAUGCUAGUUCAAAUUCCGGCAGAGGCGAUAGCUUCAGGGAAAGAGAUGAUUCUAGAAGAGAUAGUGUAAGUGACUAUGGUCUUGAAAGCGCACCGGAACUCGCAGAGGACCAUGAGAUGGAUGGAAGAAGAGGUUUGAGAAGUAUCAAUGGAUUAAGUUUGAGAGGCGGAGAUGUCCAAGUCGCCGAUAGGGAAAUGAAGAGAUGUGGUGGCGGCUUCAGAGGAAUGGGUGUUCUCGGUGGUGAAGGAGGCUUCCUCUGAUUCCGAGGCAACAAGAGACGAAUAAGGGCUAGAGGAAGAUUGCAUAUUUGUUUUGAGCGUUCUUAUUUCCGGGGUUCAUUUCUUGUUUGUUUUUGUUGUUUUGAUCAAAGCGAUGAUACCUUAGAUGAUCUUUUUUUUUUCGCGCAUAUUUAAAGGGUUUGGACCGACCUGGUGCUUGGGCAACUCAGAUGAGAUGAGAUGACUGAGAUGAAAAUCAUGGAAUGGCGUUCUUUGGCUUAUUUAAUUUUCAUUUUUUCUCAGUCGGCUGGCUGGGACUUCCUGGUGGAGAGAAUUCAGUUCAAUCGGGUUGACAGAUUGAAUUGGUCUUUUAGUGGAUUGGAGAUAAAAGUGUACAAUGCAUUGGAUAUGCAAAAUUCGACCUCAAUGAGUCCAAUUACACUGAGAAUGCUACGGCAGCACUAUUAGCAUGGCCUUUCAUGUAUUUAUGUAUGAAUACCCGACGAGUGGCUAGCUUUUUGCCAUCGGAGAGGGGAUAGGGAUGGGGUUGUAUGGAUAGUUAUCGAAAGGGGUGGACAGAAAACUGGAUGGGAUAAAAUGCAUAGGUGAACGAGAGAGGAGGGAAAUGUGAUAAAUAUCAUAGGAAGAACACUGAAUGAACAUCA